AUUUGCUGAGCCAUCUGGCGUUUUUGAGGAUGGCAAUGGCGAGCAGGAAGGCCCUCCUGACGCUGGCGUGCAGCGGCGUUCGCGCCAACCCUGCCAUCAGCCGCGCGAUGGACUUCAACAAGGAGAGCGUGCGCACCUUCGUGACGCGCUCGCGUCCCCUCCUCUCACACAACUUGGAGGUCAGCAAACACGCCAGCAGCCAGAGCAGGCCGGAGCGGAGCUUCUCACUUGUGUGCCUGUCCGUGUGUGUCUCGUGUGUGUCAGGACUACUACAUCUGCAGCGACUACGUGUGCAAGAUCCACAGCCCGUACCUGAUGUAUUUCCAGUGGGGUAUGUGCUGGUUGAUGGUGGCGCUGACGAUCGGCCCGCUGUUUCACUCCAACUACUACUUCGGCGGCCGAUUCCUCCCCAAGGACCAGGGCAACACGCAGCUGUGCGAAGACUCCUGGUAGACCGUGUGUAUGUGGAUCAAUCGGUCACACACAUGCUGCCGGCGGAUCGGAUCAGUGUGUGGCGCAGUGCAGUCAGUCUGUGAGUGUUUCGUUUUGUUCUGUCCGCUGGGUGUUGCAAGCAUGGAAUGGAUGGAUGGAUGGCUGGAUGGAUGGCUGGGGAGAAGUGUGAGGUGGGUUGCUUGUCGUUUGCUCUGUCUGUGGGUGCUGCUUCUCGUGACUUCCCUUCCCUUCUGAACCGCCAUGUCCGCACCCAGGUUCUAUCAUUGCGACAUCAGUGAUGGAACCGAGGUGUGGAGCGGGCUGCCAGGAGAUGAGGGAGGGACGGAGCAAUGACACAAAUACAUGCACGUGUGUGUAGAGUAGGAGGGUAUCGUGGUGGUGCGGGCGCCGGCUCACAGCUGCGUUGCUAUACCCUCACGGGCGGCAAAUUUUUGCGGACUCACAGCGUCAAUGUGCAGUGAGGAAACACAUGAUUUGAACGCAUAUAAGUAAGGAGGAUCGAACGGGAUCGACACGCGCGUAUACGUAGGCGCACAGUACAUGUCCUCACAUCCGAGAGUCAAAAACAACGGCAACACAAUCAGCAGACAGUCACUGCGCCAUGGCACACACAAACUCGCUUUGCUGGCUCUUCCUGUGGCUGGCCGUGUCGACGCCGCUCAUCCCUGUGGCCACUGCAGCCGAGCACAAGCAGCUGCGGGCGGCCGACGUUCCCGUCUCUCUGCCCAGCCCUCUUGACAUCGGUAUGAAACGAGACUUGGCAAUGCCUGUGUGUGUGUGUGCAUCAGCACUGGUGUUGAUGUGGAUAACAGGUGAGGACGUUCAGUCGACUCAUCUGAAGUCAGAGAAGUCACCAACGAGUGAGACGCUGGAGAAAGGGCCGCCUCUCGAUGAAUCGACAGGUCAGCACCUCACUGCAGCGUGCACAUCGAUUGAUGCACUCUGUCUGUCUGUCUGUCUGUCUGUGUUUCAGUAAUUGCGGACGAGACGAAUCAGGUGCUGGGAAGGAUUGUCUCAAUCUCGCCUGGGACUUGGAUUGCCGUAUUCGCGUAAAACCCGCACGCCAACACGAGGCGCACCAAAGGCGAGUGUGUGUGUGUGUGUCUGCCAGGCUGGUCGUGAUGUUCGCGGCUGUCUGCGGCGUCUCUUUCUUGCUCGAUCAGGCGCAAAAGAACGACAGACACGGCUGAGCAAAACGAAAGAGAGAGACAGAGACACAGAAAAUGACUAAGC